AUGUCAUGGAGCUGGAUCUGUCUUCACCUCAUCUCAGCAGCUCCCCAGAAGACCUGUGCCCCGCUCCUGAGACCCCUCCCGGGACUCCCCCGCCUCCAGAUGCCCCCCUGUCGGGGGAGGUGAAGAGGUCCCAGCCUCUGCAGAUCCCCACCAGCAGGAAACUUCGAGAGGAAGAGCUUCAGGUUACCUCUCUACCGUCCAUCCCCAACCCCUUCCCUGAGCUCUGCAGUCCUCCAGCUCAUUCUCCCAUUCUUGGAGGGUCCUCCAGUUCCAGGGGGCUGCUCCCCAGAGAUGCCAGCCGCCUCCAUGUAGUGAAGGUGUACAGCGAGGAUGGGGCCUGCCGGUCUGUGGAGGUGGCUGCUAGCACCACCGUUCGCCAUGUGUGUGAAAUGCUUGUGCAGAAAGCUCACGCCUUGAGCGAUGAGAGCUGGGGACUGGUGGAAUGCCACCCGUAUCUAGCGCUGGAGCGGGGUUUGGAGGACCAUGAAUUUGUGGUUGAAGUACAAGCAGCCUGGCCUGUGGGUGGAGACAGCCGCUUCAUCUUUCGGAAAAACUUCGCCAAGUAUGAACUGUUCAAGAGCUCCCCACACUCCCUGUUCCCAGAAAAGAUGGUCUCUAGCUGUCUGGACACACACACAGGUGUAUCCCAUGAGGACCUCAUCCAGAACUUCCUGAACGCCGGCAGCUUCCCGGAGAUCCAGGGUUUCCUGCAGCUGCGGGGCUCAGGCCGCAAGCUGUGGAAACGCUUCUUCUGUUUCCUGCGCCGCUCUGGUCUCUAUUACUCCACCAAAGGCACCUCGAAGGAUCCAAGGCACCUGCAGUAUGUGGCAGACGUGAAUGAGUCCAACGUGUAUGUGGUGACCCAGGGCCGCAAGCUCUACAGCAUGCCCACGGACUUCGGCUUUUGUGUCAAGCCCAACAAGCUUCGAAAUGGCCACAAAGGGCUUCGAAUCUUCUGCAGUGAGGACGAGCAGAGCCGCACCUGCUGGAUGUCUGCCUUCCGCCUCUUCAAGUAUGGGAUGCAGCUAUAUAAGAAUUAUCAGCAGGCCCAGUCUCGCCACCUGCGCCCAUCCUACUUGGGUUCCCCACCGCUGAGAAGCGUCUCAGAUAAUACCCUGGUGGCUAUGGACUUCUCUGGCCACGCUGGACGCGUCAUCGAGAACCCCCGGGAAGCUCUGAGCGCCGCCUUGGAGGAGGCCCAGGCCUGGAGGAAGAAGACAAACCACCGCCUCAGCCUGCCCACUCCAAGCUCCGGCACGAGCCUCAGUGCAGCCAUCCACCGCACGCAGGCCUGGUUCCAUGGACGCAUCCGGGAGGAAAGCCAGCAGCUCAUUGGGCAGCAGGGCCUGGUGGAUGGCCUGUUCCUGGUGCGGGAGAGCCAGCGGAACCCACAGGGCUUUGUCCUGUCCUUGUGCCACCUGCAGAAAGUCAAGCAUUACCUCAUCCUCCCGAGCGAGGAUGAGGGCUGCCUCUACUUCAGCAUGGACGAUGGCCAGACCCGCUUCACGGACCUGCUGCAGCUCGUGGAGUUCCACCAGCUGAACCGAGGCAUCCUGCCCUGCCCGCUGCGCCACUCCUGCACCCGCGUGGCCCUCUGAGGC